AUGCGGAAAUCGAAAACGACGACCGCUGGUUGGCCCCUUUCGCGGCGGCCGUUGCAGUCAUCCUCAACAACGACACCAGCGGCGCUGCUGGCGACCGCGCUGCUGCUAGGCUGCGCCGGCUCCGUCCUUCCUUCGGCGCGCGCAGCAGCAGCAGCAGCAGCAGUGGGCGGUGGUGGCGCCGCCCCUUCCUCCGGGGUGCGGUCUGGCCGGCCCUCCCACCUCGACGAUGAACGGGAGCCCUUGCUGCCGCCGUUGGCUACUACUACACUGGCGCCACGCGGCAGCCCAGGCGGUCGCAGCACGCGCCCUUCCUGGUUCGUUGCUCGCCACACCCGCGGCGGGGGCCUGUUCCGGAGACGUAGGGGCGGCGGAAGCAGCAGCGAUGGCGGUACCGAAGAGGGUGAGAAGCAGAAGGGGGGGGAAGAGGAGGGGGAGGGGCAAGAAAAGGAGGCAGUCGCAGAGGGCCUCGAGGCUGCGGCGGGAACAACGGGCGGCAGCGGCAGCUCCGGGGAUGAGCAGGAGGAGGAGGAGGGAGCGAUGAGCGACGGCGGUGGCGGAGCGGGCGAAGAGCAGGAGGAUGCCGCGAUGGCCAGCGGCGAGGACGGCGACGGCGCUUCAGAAGAGAGCGGAGACGGUGCGGUCUCGGGGGCACCGGCGGCGGAAGGGGACGAGGACGGGGAGCGGGGAGAGGAGGAGGGGGCGGGCAGCGGAGCCGGAGGAGGGGCGGCGACGGCAACGGAAGGGGAGGAGAGGCGCCGGCCCGUCGCGCCGCUGUUUUCGUUCCCUCCGGGACCGAGGGUGCGCCGAACAGAGGCCGAAGAUGGCCUUCAGGAGGUGCUCCCCGUCCAGCAGCGGCUGGUGAAGUACCUGACGGAGGACAGGGUUUUCGGCGUCCAGAUCCUGUGCUCGAUCUACUUCUUCAUGAGCGCGGUGGCCUACCUAAUGGAUAGCACAAAGUUCGGGGGUAGUUACCAGGCAGCCCUGGCCGUCCUAACGCUCAAGCAGUGGGGAACGGUCGUCGGCAGGGUGCGGAGGGUGCUGGUACCUCAUCUCAUCUACGAGCCCCAGAGGUACGUCAAGUACCGUGCGAGGGUGUCGGCCCUGGCUCUCGACCCGGCCGUCCAAGGCAUCGUGUACUGCGGCAUCUUCAUGCUCAUGCCCCUGAGCCUCGCCCUCAUCCCGCUCCUGCUCAAGGAGUCGGUCUACCUCCUGUGGGUCAUGAAGGAGGCCCUGCAGAUCACCGCCCCAGGCUUGGUGGAGACGUUGACGACGCUGUCGGAGCCUCUGAUGAGCGUCUUCAUGACGGCGGGGGACAGCGAGAAGUGGAGGGACACCCCGGCGGGAGAGAAGCGGCUCUUGCUGGGAAGGCGAUUGGCUCAGGCUUGCUUCAAGCUGGAAAUGGUUAUGCCGUUCGGCGUGGCCCUCCGCGUCCUGCCGGCCGUCCUCCAAACCUCUCUCGGGGCCGGGGGGGGCGUCGCGGACGGCGAAGGAGCGGAGGGGGCCGCUGCUGGGGCUGGCGGGCAGCUCGGCCGAGCGCUUCCUCUAGUGAAGGUGCUCGUGCUGGUCAUGGCCUACGUGAAGCUUCUGGUGGUUAAGAACGGCCAGCUGGAGGAUGACGUGCGGAUACUCAGCGGGCUCAAGAUCCGCGGGUACGACUGCGAGUGGAUUGAACGCGGGGUGGACAGCGUUGUGUUCGGCAUGAUGGUGGGGUGCCCUUGGUGGGCGGGGCUGCUGGCAGUGGCGUUCAGCCUCCUCCCUAACCACGAGGUUACCAAGAAGGUCAUGGCCAGCGACGACAAGCUCAAGACUUUGGGGAUGACCCUGCUGAACAAGGCGAUUGGAAGGACGCCGGGAGCGGACGACGACGACGAUAACGACGACGACGAGGAGGGUAGUGGGGAGAAGGACGGGAGCAGCGGGGACGAGGGGGAAGAAUCCCCUCCUCCCAGCAGAAUGGCCAAGAUUGCAAAGGUCGCUGCCGUAGCAACAGGGGUGUCCGAUUCUUAACCUUCUGUGUCUCUGGGUUUUAAUAGCUCCAAUUCUGACGGGUUCCUGUAUGUUUUAUCCUACGUGAAUAGGCUUGCCCUGCUAUGCUGAAGAUGUUGACGCUUUCGUUUUUCGACAGCUUUUGGUUUUUUGCCAUCCUUGUAUUCUCAGCUGCGAAAUGUUUUUCUGACCUGUUCUCCUCCCUGACAAAUGGUUUUGGGUUAGAAUAGGGACAGGGAAUGAGCACGGACGCGUUUCUGGCAAGGGACUUAACGAUCUUUCACCGCACACAAGGAACCGUAUGCGUACGUAGCGAUUGGUGACGCUUUUUUCUCUGCAACACUGCAGCACGGGGCCGUGUUGGGACGUAGCAAGCCACCGCUCAGGCGGCAACCUGUCGGGUUCCGAAGUUUCCGUCCAUUCCAUAGCAAGGUUUCGUUUGUAGAAAGAUAGGGAUGGCAUGGUUGAUAACCCCCCCCCCUGUAAACUCAGAAUUGAACCAUGAGUCGUCGUGCAGGGGUACGAGUCACGUGGCCGCGCCCGUUUGGUAAGUAAAAAUGAACAGUUUUGAGAGAUGCAGUAUUGCGGGGACUUGCUUCGCAGACUUUUGAUUU